AUGCAGGCAAACGGAGCGAGUCAGGAACGGCCGAGCGAGCUGUCAUGUCGCAACGGAGCCCAGAACGGAGAGACCACAGCGGCGGCAGAGGAGGUGUCCAAUGGGCUCCCGUCUUCCCCCGUCGCCUCCAACAACAACAGUGCCAACAACUCCGUGCGCAACAAUAACAAUGGAGUGGCCGUAGCGGAGGACACGAGCGAGAGCGGCUGCGGCAGUCCGCAACUCGACGUGUGCGCGACGGGGAAGAAGAAGAAGCGUCUCUCGCAAUGUGAGGAGGACGUGAUCAGGCUCAUCGGACAACAUCUACAUGACAUGGGGCUCAAUCAGACGGUGGACCUCCUGAUGCAGGAGUCCGGCUGCCGACUGGAGCAUGCAUCUGCCACUAAGUUUAGGAGCCACGUCAUGGAGGGAGAAUGGGACAAGGCCGAGAGUGACUUAAACGAGUUGAAAGCACUGAUGCAUUCUCCCAGCGCUAUUGUGAGGAUGAAGUUCCUGUUGCUGCAGCAAAAAUACUUGGAGUUCCUGGAGGACGGGAAAGUUCUGGAGGCUCUGCAAGUGCUCAGAGCCGAACUCACUCCCCUGAAGUACAACACCGAGAGGAUACACAUACUCAGCGGGUACCUGAUGUGCAGUCACGCUGAAGACCUGCGGGCCAAAGCCGACUGGGAAGGAAAAGGAGCUGCCUCUCGGACCAAGCUCCUGGACAAACUACAGACCUACCUGCCGCCGUCUGUGAUGCUGCCGCCGCGGAGGCUCCAGACUUUACUGAAACAGGCCGUGGAGCUGCAGAGGGAGCGCUGUCUCUACCACAACACCAAACUAGUGUCAGGACUGGACUCUGUACCGCUGCUGCUGGAUCACACCUGCAGCCGGAAGCAGUUUCCAUGUUACACUCAGCAGAUCCUGACCGAGCACUGUAACGAGGUGUGGUUCUGUAAAUUCUCCAAUGACGGCUCCAAACUGGCCACAGGCUCCAAAGACACAACUGUAAUUGUAUGGCAGGUCGACAUGGAGAGCCACAGUCUGAAGAUGCUGAAGACGCUGGAGGGACAUGCCUACGGAGUGUCAUAUCUGUCCUGGAGCCCUGAUGAUCUUUACCUCAUCGCCUGUGGCCCUGACGACUGCUCUGAACUCUGGCUCUGGAACGUGCAGACGGGCGAGUUACGGACCAAAAUGUCUCAGUCGCAUGAGGACAGUCUGACUAGUGUGUCGUGGAACCCAGACGGCAAGCGCUUCGUCACCGGGGGGCAGCGCGGACAGUUCUACCAGUGUGACCUGGAUGGAAACCUGCUGGACUCGUGGGAGGGGGUGCGGGUGCAGUGUCUCUGGUGUCUGAACGAUGGACGCACCGUCUUGGCCUCAGACACUCACCAACGAAUCCGGGGCUACAACUUUGAGGACCUGACCGACAGAAAUAUAGUGCAAGAGGACCAUCCGAUCAUGUCAUUCACGGUUUCUAAAAAUGGCCGCUUAGCGCUGCUGAAUGUGGCAACUCAGGGCGUGCACCUGUGGGACUUGCAGGACCGUGUUCUGCUGCGCAAGUACCAGGGCGUCACCCAGGGCUUCUACACAAUCCACUCCUGCUUUGGAGGACACAACGAGGACUUCAUCGCGAGCGGCAGCGAAGACCACAAAGUGUACGUGUGGCACCGGCGCAGUGAGUUGCCGAUCGCGGAGCUGACAGGUCACACUCGGACGGUAAACUGUGUGAGCUGGAACCCCGCGGUGCCCGGGCUCCUGGCCAGCGCCUCCGACGACGGUACUGUCCGGAUCUGGGGUCCCGCUCCCUUCAUGGAUCUGCCCGACGCAGAAGGCCUCAGCGUGGAGUGCUGCAACAUGGACAGCUGA